UACAUGGUGGCUUCUGAGAAGUCUUCUACGGCUGGAGCCCGCGAAAACAAGCGGCCGGCCGAGGAAGGUGAAGUCAAAGGUCGUGGUGUGCGCUCUCGUAACGUUGCAUCAAAGAAGUCAAAGAAUGCAGCUUCAUCAAAUAAGAAUGAAACCUCAACCAGAAGCAAAAAUGCGGGAUCAAAAUCCAGCAGCGCGGUUUCUUCUUCAAGUUCCGAGAAUGGAACUUAUCAUAUUGAUCCAAAGAUAGAUGCAUUAUUGCCACCAGAUUUAAACGAUCGGCCUACUACACAUAUCUAUGAUUUCAUACGUAAGGUUGGUAUGGGCGAAAUUGCGCCUGGUAUUGCAGCCGCAGCGUUGCGUCACAGGUUUUCAGACAAGGAGCCUGGCUCACCGUUGUCAUUUCUGUUGCUUGACUGUAUUGGUUAUUUGCUCGAUACAGUUACUUAUCGCGAAAACAUGGAGGCUUUUAUUGCUUGUUUAGAGCAACAUGGUCUCGUUACAUCGAGGGAAGUAGUUGCCUCCAUUGAUGCCAACAAACUAGACAGCUGCGGCUAUUCAUCGGGAUUAACAACAGUGGCCAUCAGAGAGCGUACCAGAAAUCAGUUCGUACUGAAAUCAUAUGGUUUAUGGCGUGAGUGCACAGUGGGUUUUGACCUUUUGCAAAGGGUUCUCUAUCAUCAUGAUUGGGACAUCAAUAAUAGUGAUGACAUAUCACGUUUACAGCUGUCAGUGAAGCAUAUAGCUGGUGACUUUUCUCUUUGUCCAACUAGAGUGUUAUAUGAGUUAAUAGCGUGGUGUUCUUGGUUUGACGGUGAUGCUACGUUAAUCUUGCUACGCCAGUACCCAAACGACCGUGUUGAUGAGAUAGUGCGUCUUAUGCUUUCACAAAAGCGUACUAUUAAGCAGGAAUAUCAAACGGUGAAGAAGCAAUUCUGGCGGCUGCCUAGCACAAUAGGACCACAUUUUAAUAAACUUUGUGCCAGACUGCUAUACGAAGGCAUUUUGGUCUUGUCUACUUUAUAUGGAUAUCUUGAGCCAGCUGAUUCAGAGUUGUCAUAUUUGUACAAUCAUUUUGCUGAACUCUCUAAAAAGAAGCCGUUAAAGACAUCCCGGACGGGGAUACCUGCAACACAUCUUCUUCCCUUGGCUAACUGCAGUCCCGGUGACAGUGCUUUGCGGAGCAUGAUUACAGUUGCACGUAAACAAAACCUAAGGAUGUGUGGUUUGUUGGACACCACUACGAUUACCAAUGCAAGGGAUAUGAUCAAUGGUCGGCACGCCAAGUUGUUGGAAGAAUAUCGCAUAAAGAAUGGUCUUAAUAUAUCGCAGGAAGAUUUUGGUAAGACCAAGCAGGAAUUAACGAUUGCAGGGAGUGAAGACUCUAAACAACCAAGUUCAGAUGUGCCUUCCCAGGAUAGCACUACGCCGGAUGACACAGAAAACCGUUUCCAUAAUCCCAUUGAUUUAGUUAAAUAUCACCUUUUGGAUAGUGACGUUUUUUCGUACGUAAGGGACCAUAUAUUUGCGCUGGAGUGUGAUAAACUUUCGCUAUUGUCCCAUUUGAUUGAAUUAUGUCCAGAUAUGAAUAGUUCACGGUGGGAUAUGUGCAAGCAGUUAAUGGGCCAUAUUCAAUGGACAGUUAAGUUCCCAAUUGCUUUACAUGGCGGCGUUUGCAUUGCUGUAUGUGGCUUGAUUCAACGUAUAAUUGCCAAAGCCACGGUAUCUCAAGACUGGUCUGUUUGUUUAGACAAUGUGGAAUCACUGCUGAGGGUAAUUGGACCUAGCGUCUACAUAGACCUUAUAUGUUUGUCUUCAGUGCUUAAAAUGUUAUCACACUGUGUCAAUACCAGUUGCGAUAGAGUUUGUAGGAUCAUUUGGAUGUACAUUUUACCUGCCAUGGCUCUUGUAGUUGAGAGUAAUUGCCAAGUUGCCGACCGUCUUUGGAAAAUUUUAAGUCAGCUUCCUGCUUCAAAGCGCUAUGGCAUAUACCAAAGAUAUAUGUCUAACAUUUUAGAAGGUACGUCACAGGUUGAAGAUUCCUGGGUACCGCUUGUACGUGCUGCGCACAAUGCCGCGCUGGCAAAAAUCAGAUCGUUGUUUAAGCGUGUCACUUCGAAUAUGAUGAAAUCAAUCAAGACUGCUUCAGUGCGCGGCAACGUAUCUGUUAUCAGCGGGAUAGCUGCGGUUGACCCCUUCGCAGUUGCUCAUACCAUUAUAACGCAGUGUGAAAUGUUUGAAAAUCUUGUAGCCCCUCUUUCUGAAAUAGGCAAAUAUUUUGGCGGUUUGGGUUGCGAUGUGUUAUUUUUCAUGUUAUGUAGUAAUCAAAAUCAGGUUUGUUUUGGCAAAUCUGCUGAAGUAGAUGACCUCGGUCGGAGUAAAAAGCUUUUGGUGAAUGCUCAACUCGCCGCUCGUUUUUUCAGGCGUCAUGUGGAUAUAGACAUAUGCCCUUUAUUAGUGGGUGCUUUAACAGUAUUUUUACGCAGUAUGGGAAUACACGAUCUCGUACUAGUACCCUGCGGUAACAAUGAAGCCAAUGCAACCACUUGGGAAAAGCAUUCCAUAAAUUUAAAUUGCUUGAAGGACAAAUACAGCUGUUCAUAUCCAGACGAACUAUCUAAGGGUUGGUUGGCUCUAGAGUACACCACUAAACUUCUGGAGACCGCCGGAGGCAUUCCUCAGCUGGUAGAGGCACAUGCCUUAACUACGGACCAACUUAAAGCCCAGGGUGGUGGCGUAUUGCUGAGAAGUGAGGUAAUGAUGCAAGACGCUGAAGACGAGAUUUGUGGUCUGAGUUCACGUGAAGCAUUGGGUCGAGUGUUGCUACGGCCUUUAUUUUGCUAUUCGCUACUGUUCCUUUGUGGCAAGAUGAGACAGGAAGUACUGUAUGACUCAGAGUUCCGUGCGGGUAUAUCCACUCUUUGCGGUACUGUUGACCAGCUACAGAAAUCGGCGUUGCAGCUAGUUGACUUUACCGAAUCAUUGAAUUCCAUUUUAAAUCGUGGUUCGUCCGACGAUCUGCCUUUGUAUAUAUUUAAUUUACCUUCAUUUCAACAACUUCGCAUGUUUUGGGAGGAUGCUAACGCUAUUUAUUUAUGCCAUUGCAACACUGACGUGUCCGUUAUUCCCGAUGAUGCAUUAUCGCAUGACACAUUCAAACCUGAAUUUAUGAAGUUUAUAUGGAGUAUCCACUUGAGUGACGUCUGGGUGCCCAUAGAGCAGUAUGAGAAGACUUUGCAGCGUCUCAAUGCCUGGAUAGCAGAGUCGGAGUCUAAUCACUCCAGUAGUGGUCAUCGUAAGCUGAAGAAACUUCGUUCCCGUCACGCGGCCAUUGAGCAGGAGUUUAUCAAACAAAAGGAACAUGUGGAGCAGACUAAGAAGCGUUUUAGUGAGGUUGUUUCUUCAGGAUGGCUCAGUGCAAAUGUCCAGAUUGGGCCUGCUAUAAACACUGCCUUUUUGCAGCACUGCAUUGUUCCUCGCGUAUUCAUUAAUGAGGCUGAGGCAUCAUUCUGUUCGCACCUGGUUGAUUUGAUGCUAUUGAACCGUGUUGAGUGUUUCAACUUUUUUGACUUUAGCAACUGUUGGACUAAGAUGCUCAUGUCCAUGGUGCGUUGCUGUACUGAGCGUGAGGCUCCUCUUUUAGCUAUUUUCGUCAACCAUGCCUUUCAUGUAAUUCGUGGUUGGAUAGACGAUGCUGAAGGUUUUGAGGCCAUGACUCGAGAUCAUCCAUGUUUCUGCACAACAUUCAAAUUUGUACCGGAUAAGGCAUUGACACACGCACAGUUGAUGAGCGGCAUUCGCAAAUGGGAGGGUCGUAUUAUGCGUGCGCUUAGCUAUGCGCUUGUUUUGAACAUUACCGAUGCAGACAGUAGUGGCGAAGCGGGAGCACCUGAAGUGGUAGCUCCAACGUGGAUUGACCAGAAGGGUGCUAUUGUAUUCCUCGCUCGCUGUCACGAGAAUUUCCCAAUUACCAUUGCUGCUGGUAAGCGUGUUUUGAAUGGAUUGAACGGCGUUGUUGUUAACGCGGAGCAGAAGGGUUGGAAGGACGUUGUGGUUGCUGCGAAGACUUUGGUCAAGACGUUCGAAAAGUAUGACCGUGAAAACAGGUGGAUAUAAUAACUUGUCAUUGAUUUUUAUAACCCA